UCAACACGGUCCAGAGUAUAAAAAGGCAGCCCCGUUGCUCAGACGAAUCAAACCAUCCUUCAACCAACCGACAGCAACUAGCAAUUCAGUGCUAAGCGUCUUCACGAAGUUUUUCCUAAAUUUCAUCUAAAAAGAAUACAAAGGUCAACUCAAAAUGGCAUCUCAUCUAACAAAGAGCAUUGUUGCCAAGCGCCUCAUGUCAUCAGCCGCUGGCUCUAGCAGAUACAUCUCGCCCGUCUCCGAACUCGGUCAAAUUGCCCACAAAGUUAGCCCUUUUGAGCAGCGAUUGCUCGUAUGGAGCGGCCAGUUCAAGAAGACCGCCGAUGUCCCUACCCUCGUCUCGAACGCCAUGAUUGAAAACGCUCGUAGUCACUUCAGGAUCAAAGUUAAUCUGGCCAUCGCCGGAAUUGCCAUCCUUGGUUCUUUCCUAAUGAUUAUCAGCGGAAAGAAUGCCGCCCACCGCGGAGAAAAUAUCAACGAGUACAACGCAGAGUGGCACCGGAGAUACAACGAAGCUCACAAAUUCGACACCAUUCAUGAUUAAGUAAUUUGUCGUCCAACUGUUAAUAAUAUUAUGUCUAUAGCAAAAACAAAAAAAAGUCAAAAAAAAAGGUGAAAUGUAAACGGACCAACUGUUACGUCCUUGAUAGUGUCCUCCCUUCCCCUUGUGGUUUAACUUUUGGCCCGGAGUUCAACGUUUUAUGAUGUUGUGAUCUGUAAUAGUAUUGAGUCUUCUCAUGCAUUGGCCCUCUACUUUUAUGCAGUGGAAAUCUGUCCGUAAAAAUGUGUUGUAUUCUAAAUACAGAUGAAAGUUGAAAAAGAAAA